AUGGAUUCAGUUGUUGCUUUAUAUACAGUAGAGCCAACUAAUCAUCCAGAAUUCUCUCCAUUUCAGUACUAUUUAGAUCAAUCAGGCAAGCUUGCAAUAGAUUUUGCCAAACAAUAUCUUAAUCUUAACAUAAAUUUAGAAUAUGAUGCAUUCUUCCAAAGACCAGAUGGAUCUUCUCAAUGGGUUGAGCCAGAUCAGUCCCUUCGACAGCAAGGAAUCCAAGAUGGAUUUAUCAUGGCCUUAAUUCCUUCUCAAAAUCUAAAUAACAAUCAGUCUCAACCAAUGCAGAUGGGAAUUCAAAGCAGUACAUAUGUUUCUGCCGAAGGUCAAUAUAAUAAUGUUCCUGAUCAAAACCAGCAGAUGAAUAAUGCAGAAGAUACUUUUAACUAUGCAUCUUACUACACUAAUGAUAAUAACAAUAACUAUAAUCAAUAUUAUACUAAUAACUUUAAUAGUGCAUUUUUCAACAGUGUAAAUGGCUUUCAGUCAUCAUACCAAUCAACAUACGGUUAUGCCCAACAAGAAAGUGAUGAAAGUCAAUACACAACAGGAAUGUACGCAAAAUUCAACAUUUCCGACUUUUACGAAACAGGAGAAUACGAUCCAAGCCAGUUCCAAUCAACAGACGAUUCUUCUUCUGCUCAACAAGUUGGUGUGGAACUAGAUAUUAACAUCAACGAUCAGAUUUCAGAAUUUCAGACAAUGAUGGGAUUUGGCGCCAUGACUGAUAACAGUAAUGCCGGAGAAUCCGAAUCAAUUACAAUGGAAACACAUUUCAUGUUUAAUAAAGAAAGCAUUCAAAAGGUUUACAGACUCAACAUGUCUCACGAUGAGAUGCUAACUGCAGCUUUAGCAGCUCUUGGCAAGUAUCAAGACGACAAAUACGGAAUUUUUAUUUCAUUACCAGAUGGAACAGAUGCGAAGUGGGUUGAACCAGAGAAAUUCCUUGAAGAUGUAUCACCAGGCCCUAACUAUCACGUUUACAUUAUCAAACUCUUAAAACCAAUUUUAGUCCAUUCGAAGCAUUUCAAAUCCCAAAAGCUUACUCUCGAUAUUUCCAAGAAAGUCUGCGAUUUGGUUGAAGAUAUCGCUAACUUUUUCAAGAUCGGAUCUUUCCGUUGUUACACAUUAUGCACUGUCGUCGGCAAAAGAGCCAUUUAUUUGUCCAUUGAUAAAUCAAUACCUGAACAGACUCGUUCCAUUAACGAGGUCUUCUUUGCUCGACAGUAUUUCCUUUUCACGAUGGAAGAUCUCGAAACUUUUGUAACAGCAGAAAUCGCAUACAAAGAUGCUGUUGAGUGUUCAAACUUCUCAGAGAUUGAGUUUUCUAAGGAAAAUCUCUUGAAGUACACCGCAUUACGAAUGAAUGCAGAUCCGAAAUUUGAUCCCAAGCAUAUUCCAGACGAUAUAUCGCCAUGGAUGCCUGGAUACCUCGCUAAGAAAGGUAAAGGUCAAGGAAGAGGACCUGUCGUCCAACAAUUCUUCGAACAAAACGGAACUGUCAACAAAUUCAAUGCUUACAGGAAGUUUAUCAAGUUAUGCCGCAAACUCGUUGGCUUUGCAGAAAGAAAAUACGAAUGCAAAGUCACAGCUCAAUAUCAGAAACAAGAAUUUUGUCUUGACCCGGCCGUUGUUUACAUUUCUCCAUACAGACUUGUUAUUCAUGAUGGUCUUAACGGAAAUCUCGAAGAAAAAAUCUCUUUCACCGAAAUCGUCCAAGUUCAAUGCGCCCAAGACAUGAUCAUAACCUUCUCUCCGAAACGAGAUGUCUUCGUACAAUACGUUUUUUCUGGUCCGAAAGUCGAAUCUAUGGCGAAAUCGAUAUCAAGAUAUCGAGAAAUCACAAACAUGAUUCUCCAAGACCGUUCAAAGAGAUAUUCGAACACCGGAGAUUUCAGAAAGCUCAUCAACAAGAAGUCCAGAAUCAGUCUUUUCACUUCAAAUACGAUCGACAAAGACGCAAUGAAGGAAUUCGAGUACGAUAAGAAGUUCACUGGUUCUAUCCUCAGACGCGCUGCAGAAUACUAUCUCAGCAUCCCUCACAAAGACGAUAGAGUUCUCAUGAUACAUUUAAUGGACGAUUUGUUCUGCUUCAUGAAGGACACAGAUGUCAUACAAUCUCUUUGCCUACAGAAUGGUAUGACACUCUACCUUCUCGAACCGAAAUACAACAUCAAGUACAUAUUUCCAGAUAAUACUUCCAUCAAAAUGGAAACAACGAUCACAAUGCCAAUCAGCGAUAUUGUUCCAUUGCUUUUCAAGGAGAAGCAUCAACAAGCAAUGCUCGGAUACACAUUGUGGUAUCAUGGCAUUGAUGGACAAUUGCAUCCAUUGGAUUCUCGUAAAACAAUUCCUGAACAAGUUUCUUAUUUCAAGAAAUUAUUCUUGAAGAGAAGAUUCUACAUCCUUUCGAAAGAAGUUCUUCAAGCAUUGUCCAGUGCUAUUCAGACAUUGCACGAUUGCAGGAACUAUCUUAUCGAAAACAAGAUCAAAGUUGAUUCAGAAACAGCUCUUAAACUUGCUUUGUAUUCUUUAUACGCACUUGGUGUAAAGAAUAUCAAGAAAGAUAAGCAAGAUUUGAAGCAAUUGGUUCCUCCAACAGUUUCUGUCAGCUCAUCUCUUCAGAGGAAGUUCGAUAAGAUGAUACAGGAAUCACAAGAUAUGACACAAAUGUCUGCUGCAAGAAAAUACAUCGGUAUUGUCAGAAAAAUCGAUGGAUUCGGUGCAGAAGAAUAUCCUUUCUAUCUCUACAGAGAUGAUGCAGAACCUCCACAUACCAUCAAAGAUGGAUCAUUCGUCAUUACUCCUUUAGGUUUAAGUGUCUUGGAUAAGAAAGGAAAAGUUGUUAUUGAGAAAAUCACUUAUCAUUCUCUCAAGCAGUUUAUCAUGCUUGGAAACAACUACAUUCUCAAGUACCAACAUCCUCCUAAGACAGGAAAGAUGAUCUACGUAAAUAUCUCAUCAGAUUUCGCGUUCGACAUCGAUGUUGUCAUUUCUUACAACUUGAGAUUGAUGAGACAAGUCAUGUUGUUGAACAGAGAACGCGAGAAACAAAAGAGAGAAGAGAUCAUUUUGAGAUGCUCAGGAGGCUGGAAAGAUGAAAAUGGAGUUGUCCACGGCCCAAUGGUUGAUCUCAGAUAUGGUUUGUUAUCCGACAACAUCCUCAAACAAGCAAUUUGGUUCGAUUUGGAUAUAACUCAAGAAGAAUUGGCCAGACAAUUAUUGGAUCUUUUACCACAUGAUCCGAAAGUCCAAUACGCAACAAUGAUCCAAGUCUUCAAAGGAGUUAUCCAUUGGCUCAAACCAGGAAUGAAGUUGAAAGAAGCACAGCCAUACCGUGAUUCCAUUGUUUACUUCCAUCCUGCUUUCGCGAAGAUCAAAUUCAUUUCGCCAAGAGAAACGGAAGGAACAAUGACAAUUCAGAUCGAAACAUUAGUUUGCGAUUUGAUUCCAAAGGUCGGUCUUUUACUCGAUGUUGAAUAUCCACAAGGAUACACAUUCUUUUACAAAGAAGGCAAUGAAUUGAUUCCUUUGGACACACAGAAGUCAAUUCCAGAACAAACAAGGGAUUAUUCUGUUUUGUACUUCCAAAGAUACUACUUUGUCAUCAACAAAGCUGAGUUCCAGUCCAAAUCAGCUCUCUCGACAUUGUAUUGGGAUACAAAGCUCUUGAUUCUCAGUGGAAAAGUCGAUAUGAGAAAAGAUGUCGCUUACGAAUUGUUGGUUUACGCUUUGAAUGCCGAAACAAGAGAAAAAGUCACAGAACACUCCCUUCCAGAGAAUUUCAAGAGUUUGUUACCAUAUGGAUUUCCAAUCCAAAAGGAAGCCAGAAAGGAAAUCAUCGACAUGAUCAAACAUAAACCAUGCAAAUCCCACACAGAUGCCAAACUCAAAUACAUCGCUUUGGCAAGAAUGUUACCAACAUUUGGUGCAAUCGAUUUCGAUGUCAUCUACAUGAAAUUCAAGAAGGACACGAGAGCAGACAUUCCUGCAAUUCUUGUUUGCAAUGCACAAUCAGUUAGAAUUGUCAGACAAGAUUUGCAAAAGGUUCUUCAACUCUGCGAAUACAGACAUUUCAUUCGCACAGAAUGCGUUGCAAAUGAAUUAUCUGUUAAGUUUUCAACAGAUGAUGCAGAAAAUUCAGUUUCUAUCCUUUGUGUUCUCGACAAACCAGAACUUGCCAGCUCUUUCAUUACAAUAGUUACUCAACUCUACAACUUAUUCCUCGAUUUGAGGAGAGAAGGUUUCAAUCCGAAGAAGGAAGAUGUAAACACUUCAAUCGAUAGAGUUGUUUUGAUCACAAAGAGAUGGGAUGAUUCCAAACGCGAGUUAAACAUCGCUUACGACAUGAGAUAUAAAGGAUCUGAUGUCAGAGCAAGAGCUGUCAGAGCUUUACAUCUCGAUCCAAGAAGAGAAUACACUCCAUUACUCAGACUUGCCAAAGAUGAGUACAGAUGGAUAAGACCUGAUGAUAUUUUAGGUCAUCACUUCCCAUGCGACAACAUGUACAUCACGAUCUUCUCGACAAAUGUCAAGAUUAUUGUCAAAUACAAAGACAUGGAGAUCGAACUUGUUGUCAACAUCACACAGCCAAUACAUAUGUUGGCUCCUUUGAUUGGUGAAUGCUUCAACAUCGAAUAUCCAACAGGUUUCACAUUAUUUUACGAAAGUCCAGGUCACAGUCCAGUUCCUCUUGAUUUGUACUACUCAAUUCCAGAGCAGUAUUCAGGCAAAUUCGAGUUCUUGUUCAUCAGAAGAUUCCUUGCUUUCACACACCAAGACAGAUACUUCCCAUACAUCUGUAGAUGUUUGUAUCCAGAUGUUUACGACGACAUCAUGGAUGGAGUUCCUGCUUUGGCUGAUAGCAAAGCAACAGAACUCGCAAUUUACUCAAUCUACGCAAAGAACAAAGAAAACGAUCCUGCAAAGAUCAAGAUUCCUAACACUCUUGACUUAUAUCCAAGGAAGACAUCUGCUGAACAGAUCCACGAGAAGUACAUCACUGAUACAAUUCGUAAUGGCAAAGUCAUCCAUAAGGAUAUCGCUAUGCAAAAGUACAUUGGAAUUGCAAAACAAUCAUUGCAUUUCGGAUGCACAAUUUUCAAGGUUAAAUUGUGUGAUGACAUGCAGAUCCAAGUUCCUCAGAAGGCUCGCGUAUCCAUUGGUCCAUUGGGUGUUCACAUCUAUGGAAGAGUCAACAUUGUUGAUGAUGGCCAAGAGAAGCCAAUCGAUUUGAAUGAGAAAAUUACUUACAAUUACAUCUGUGAUUUCAACAUCAUGAUCGAUCACGUCAUCUUGAGAGUUUCAAUGGUCAACUCGAGAAUCAGAACAUUUACUAUUUCCGCAAGACAUGUUAAAGAAAUGUUCGUAAUCUUGAGAUCAUUCAAGAUGAUUUUGUAUCCAUAUUUGCAAAGAAGAGAAGAAAUCCAGAAGGUAUCUCCUGAAUUACAGGAAAUCAUCGACAACAAGAACGGCUUAGUCGCUGUCUUUGUCUCCAAGAAAAUGUUCAUUCCAGAUCCUCCUGAAUUCCUCAUCCCAAGAACUCUCGAAUUCGAAAAAAUUGUCAUGUUACUUUGUCACUUUUUGGUUUUACCAUAUGAACCAGAAAAGUACGCUCUUAUCCAUUAUAAGAACAACGAGUACACACAGCUUAAGAGAUCAGAGAACUUGAUGUCUGUUGAUUGCCAGGAUGGCGAUGGCCUCAUUAUUCUCGAAGUCGAUUGCUACGCACAAUUCAUGAAUAUUUCUGGAAAUGUCAUUGAUUACGUGUUCAAUGUCUAUUCUCCAUUGUACGACAUUUUACCAGAUGUUUGCAAGCAAUUGGGCUACGGAACAUGGAUUGGCCACACAAUCUUUGUUACACAAGAUGAUGGAUCAACAAGAGCUCUUGAUAUCCAAAAGCCAUUGGCAAUGCAAGCGAAUUUAACUACUCCUUUGUUAGUUCGCAGAAGAUUCUUCUUGUUCUCAUUGGAAAUGCUUUCUCAGCCGGAUAUUUUGUUUGCUGUCUACAAAGACUGCAAAUAUCUUGUCACUAAGAAGAUGGUAAUGGUUUCUGAUGAUAUCCUUACACAAUUGCUGAUUCUUUCUCUUUACGCAACAGCUGAGAAGCCAGAAGAUGUUCCAAUGAUGAUUUCUCAAUUCAAGAAAGAAGAUUGGACAAUCUUUAUCCCAGCAAACUUCGAUGUUACAGAAGGUGUAAAGAAGAAAUUGAUUUCGUUCUUGCCAUACGUUCCAAUUCUUUCUAGACAAUUGGCCAUGUUCUAUUACAUCGGAACAGUCAUGGAUCUCAAAGGAUUCAAUGAUGAAGUUUUCAUGGUUACAAUUAACACAAUUUAUGCUCAAAUCGACUCAAUUUUGUAUCUCAAUCCAUGGAGAGUUUUCAUCCAAACAGAAGAAGAUGGAACAAUUGCAAUCAACACAACAUACAACUGGCUCAUUAAUCAUGAAUGUUCCAAUGAAAAGAUUAUUAUAAGAUUCAUGGAUCAAUCGAAUAAUAAUCAAUCAGAAUUCCACUUGUUCACAGGAUCUUACAAAGAUAUCAAUACCUUCUUAAGUAACAUCAUCUUCCUCUAUCAGUUGGAAGAGUUCUCCAACAUUUCCAAUAUCCUUGAAGGCUCUGCUUUCAUCAACAAUGGACAGAGAGUUUCAUUGACAAUGAACAACGCUGAAAUUCAAUUGGAAGUCAACAACAACAGAAGAAGAUCUUCAUCAGCAUCACAAGCUCCACCAGAUCUAAACAAUCCUCCAGUUGAAGAAGACAAUUAUAAUCCUGAUGACGAAACUGAAUUCAAUUUCAUUCAUACAUUCGAUGAUAAUAUCACUUCAAUUGAUUAUAACAUCGAUACUCCAAUGAUUACAUUUGAUGAUUAUAAUAUAGAUGAUGUUGAUGAUAAAAUUGAAGAUGUUGAAGUCGAAUACAAUAAACUGGAAAUUCCAGAUAUUGAUGAUAGAGAAGAUGAAAACAACAAAGUUCAAGAAGAUAACGAACCAAAAGAACAACAUCCAGCUAAUUUGUUGUGGCGUGCAAAUGAAGAAGGUUUGAACAUUUCAAGAGCUACAAAUAUCCUGAAUGAAAUCCAAGUCAAUUUGGAUGUUCCUGAAGAAACGAUUGUUCAUCAAGAUCCAACAGAAUUGUUCCAGAAAUUGGCAAUGAUCAAUGAUCAAGUUUCUAAUUUCGUUGAAUCAACAGAAAACGAAGAUUUGAGAGAACAAUUCAGUGAAAUUUACUCUCACAUUGAUUCAAUUGUUACAACAACACAAAACUUGGUUCAAACAAAUCAAUCAUUCGAAGCUGUUUCUGAAGACAUCAAAUCUCAAAUCCAAUCAGCAAUUUCUAUCAUCAAACCUGCAAUUGAUAGAACAAACAAUGCAAAGGUUGUUUUGAUUGAAAAGAUACAAGAUGAAAUGGCAAUGAAUAACUACAACAACGAGAAAGUUGAUGUUCCUCCUCUCGCUAAAGAUUUAAUUGGAAUUUCCGAAGUAUCUGAAUCAAUCACAAAUGAAUUGUUGUUUACAGCCAAACAAGCUGGAAUUGAUGUUGUUAGUUUCGUACAACAAAUCCAGAACACAUCAUCAACAUUAACAAUUCUCAGUGGUUCUAUUGCUGAUGCACAAAGUUCUUCGCAAUUUAAUGCUCACAUUCAACCACACAUCAAAACUGUUGGUAAUUACAUUGUUAGAUUGGAAGAAAUCGUGAAACAAGCUAAAGAAAAGAAUAUCGAGUUACCAAAUACAGAAAAGAGUCUCAAGAAGUUAAAGAAACUCUACAUGUCUGCACGCGAUAUUGUUUUAGUUGAAGCAGAUGUUGAAAACACUUCUGUUGUUGAGAAAUCAUCAAAUGCUUCAUUGAGAUUGUCCAAUGCUGAAAAACUUUCUGCAAAUAAUACUCCAACAGACAGAAUGUCAAUUAUCAUUGAGAAAACAUCCAAUACACAAGAACCAUCACCAAUUGCUCCAACAGAAUCAAAUCCAGUUUCAUUUGGUGAAGGAAUUCCUCGUAUGUCUUCAUUGACAGAAAAUCCAAGAAUGUUGAUUCCACAGCAGCAAAACAACGCGAAAUAUAUCAUUGUUAAUGCCAAUGAUGAAGAAUUGGACAACACAAUUGAUAUUUGCCAAGUUGAAGUUCAACCACAGCAGAUGCAACAAGUUCCUCCUGAUACACUUUCCACUUGCAGCAUCGCUAUCCAAUCAAUUAAUCAUUUGAGAGAUCUUUUGAUACAAUUAUCAAAUUCUCCGAAGAACGAUCAACUCAGAUUCGAAGCAGAAUUCGAAUUACAGAAAGUUGAUAGUGAUAUUUUCGAUGCUUUGAUGUUGUUGCAUCCAUUGACACAAACAGAUCAAACAGCUGCAAUGUUAUACCAGAAAUUCUACGAAAUCAUUUUGCAAAUCAGACAUCAGAUGGAUGUGAUUUCCACAAGAAACAUCACUCCUCUUUCCGUCUCAAAGAUCAACAAUGAUUUGACAUAUAUGGUUAACCACGUUGAUAACUUAAUCACACCCGAAACAAUGGCUUCUUUGCCACAAGAUCAACAAGAAAGAGUCAGAAACAUGGUCGAUUAUAUCAAAGAUUCUUAUUACGAUAUACAACAAGCACAAUCCGCUUUGGAAGCAAAUGCUGCAAACGGAAUUGCUGUUAUUGAUGCACAAAAGAACAUCGUUGAACUCAAAUCGAAACUUCCUGAAUUCAACCAAGAAUUGUUGCAUCUUUCCGCUAUCAACAAGAAUGUCGCAAUUCCUGUUAUCAUCGAGAGAUUGUCAAUGAACAUUGAUAAGGCAAUUCAAGAGAAACCUGCUGAAGAUGUUUCUAAUAUUCCUUAUCUCCUUAAAUUCCAGGAAGCGAUGUUAUCUUUGCAAGAACUUAUUAAUGAAUUGGUUUUGAGUUCUGACCAAGAAAAGAUCAAAGCAGAUAUUGAUCUUUCAACACGUGCAAAGAUGACAAUUGAAAAGGCACAACAAACUUAUUUGAACAUGGUUGAAUUAAGAAACCAAUUAUUGGAAGAUCCUUAUAACGAUGAUUUGAUUAAAGACGCAUUAGAUUUAGUCAGAGAAGGUAUUGAGUCAAUGACAGAAAUAUCUAAUCUAUCUAAGCGUAUUGCUGAUGUAUCACAGAACUUCAAGAUUCCAACAAUCAAUGAACAAAUCUCAACCAAGCUCGAAGAAGUUGUCAAAGUUUGUGACAAUUCCAAACAAAAUGAAAAAGUGUCAAUGAUUUCUGGUCCACCACAAAAGAUCGAAAAACCAACAGUUGAACAGAUGCAAUCAGUCAUUGAUGCUGUCACACACUUAGCACAAGUUGUACAGUUCUACAUCAGUCUUCCUGAAGUUGAUGAAGAUGAUGAAAAGAGGAAAGACGCUGUCAGAUUGUACGAAUACAUGUCAAGUGUUUUAGUUUCAAUGAAAGAAAUGGGAGAGAAUCCAACAGAAGACAUUUUCGAGUACGCGAUACAGAUCUCCAGACUUGCAGACAAAUUCCAACAAAUUGCAAUGACAGUUCCUACUUAUACAUGCAAUGAAAACGCUGAUCAAUUAAUUCCUUAUGGAAUACAAUUGUUGCAAACAGUUAAACCUGUUAUAAUUGCACAAGAGCAAGAAAGACCUAAGAUGGAAGAAAUUGUACCAAAUGUCACUCCUGAAUUGAUCAAAUCUUCUUUGGUUGAUGUUUCUAAGACUCUUGGAACAUUCAACCAAAAGAUUUACGAAGUUACUAAUUCAGAAACAGCUCAAAAGAACCAAAUUGUUCAGAAGACAUUCACAGAUUGGAGUAACUCUAUUAACGCAACAAUCGAAAGAGUUAAUGCUCAUAUCAAUUCGCCAAAUUAUAAUAUUAAACAAGCGAAAUUAGAUAAAGAAGCAUUGAAUCAACUCCAACAGAAAGUUAACUUGAUUCCAAUGAACGUCAGAAGGAAUUUGGAUGAGAAAUUGAUUACAGACAUUACUGCUUCUAUCAGCGAUGUUGUUGAUAAGACAAAUGUCUUUGUAACAAUGAUCAAACAGUUACCAACAGCGAAGAAGAUCGAAAUCAAAGUUCCUCCAGCUCCAGAAAUCAAAGAAGAUGAUGAUAUUGAAGACACAAUUGUCGUUGUCCAGAAACAAGCACAAAUUAUCAACGACACAAUCCAAAGAAUUGCUCAAUCUCCACAAAUCGCAGCAUCUCCAAAUGCUCAAGCUGUUGUUCAACAAAUGUCCGAAAACUUGAAAGCUCUUCAAACAGAAGCAUUAAAUGCACAAGAUGAAAAGGUUUUGUACCAAAGAUUGAACAUGAUCAAAGAACAAAUGCCAAGCAUCAUUUCCAACGCAGAAUUAAUUGAACCAAUCAUUGAAUCACCACAAUUCACUUCCAUCCUUAAAUCCUUCAAUGAUUCCUCUAAUUCUAUCACUAAGCUAAUCACUGUUCCUCACAUGAACAAGGCAACAUCUGUUAAGUUUAUCCAACAUGCUCAACCACAGUUACAAAACUUCGUUGCUGCAUUAGCUGCUACAUCAGAAUUAGCUGAAGUUAAAGAUAAUCCAUCAUUGAAGUCAAAGUUCGAAGCAUUGAUUGCUCAAUCACAAACAAUCAUGAAAGAACUACCAACACUCAAACCAAGACAAGCACAGUUAGUUUGUGAUGAAAUUUAUUCAGCAACAUGCGGAAUUUUGCCAAUUUUAUAUGAUUCCAAUUUCGAUCAACUUGAAGAAGCAGCACAGAACAUUGCUUUAGUAUCAGAAGUAUUUACUUCAUUACCAAAGACUCGUAAGCCUAAAUCAGCACAAUUGAUCAUCAAAGAUCCAGUCAUGAAACAAGACAAUGUUAAACAAGCUGUUCAAGAAUCAUCAAAUGUCAUCAUGGAGAAUGAAACAUCAAUUCCACAACAUGUAAUAGAAAGUAUCAUUGAAGACUUAAAUGUUAUCAAUGAUCAUAAGGAUUCAUUGCCUGUACACAUUGUUAAAUCAUUACAGGCAAUUACACCACAAAUCAAACAAGGAAACACAAAGAGUUUGAUUGAUUGUGUUAGAUUAAUUUCUGUUUGCGAAAAAGAUUACGAAUUACGUAAUCAGAUGUUAUCUGAUAUUGCAACAGCUGCUGCAGUAAAUGCUGCUCAACAAGUAAUUGAUUUGCAGAACUCCAUCAAAGCAUUACAUAAUCAAAUUGUUUCUAAUCCAACGAAAUUCAAUGCAGAAGCUAAAUACUAUGAUCAUAUUGCUCAAUCAAGCAUCAAAGAAUCUGAUGCUAAAUUGUUAACAGAAACUAAAUCAUUCUCUGCAGCUUUAGUUAACAGAGAGUCAUUGAAUGAUGCUUCACAAGCUAUUUCUUUGUUGUUAGAUUCAAUCAAAGACAAUGAAUCAGUUAAAGCAAUUUCACAAACAUUGUCUGAAUCAAACAACAAUUUAAUCAAGACAUUACAUCAAUUCGAUAUGUGUCUUGGCGAAAUAUUCUUGAGCCAAUUGGAUAAAAUUGUCACUGCUUGUGAUAAUACAAUCAUUCAGAACCCAGGAACAGCUUCUCCUGCGAUGAAACAAUUCGUUAGACAGACAUUCCCACUCUUGAAGAAUACAAACAGAUCAAUAGAAUUAGGUCCUUCCGAAUUAGUUCAAAUAUCAAAUCUUUAUGAUGCAUUCAAUAAAUCUGUUGUUCCAACAUUGACAAACAUUCCUCCAGCAUACAAAGAUGAGAUUGCUGCUGCAACAAAGGCAUUGACACCGAUGAAACCAUUGAUUUCAUCAUGGAAGACUCCAAUUCCAUUGACAGGAAAACAAGAACUUCGAAAUGUCAUCAGAGGAACAGCUGUUCAACUUGAAAACAUCGCUUCUUCAGAAGAUAAUGUUAACAUUAACAUUCCUGAUGUUUACGCAAUGUCCCAGAAUUUGCAGAUUGCAGCAAUCAGAGCUAAAUCUGCUGGUAUUGAAAUGGCAAAGAUCGAUCCAUUGGUUCAACAAACAGUACAAAACCAGAAAUUAUUAGAUCAAGCUGUUGAAUCAAAUGAUGUCGAAAAAGUCAAAGAAAUUGCAAAGAAUUUGGCUGCAAUUUCUUCACAACUCAAAUUGGAAAUCACAAAUAUUGUUCCAAUUGUUGAUGCGAACGAAACAAGUGUCAAACUCAUUAAUCCUGAGUUGUAUCUCGCAACAAUUGCUGAUGCAUCAUGUCUCAAUGUUGCAAAGACAGCAGCAGUGUUGAUGAACCAAUACAAGACGAAAUUAGAUACAUUGCAAAAGACUAAACCAGAAAUAAUCAAGAAAGAUAUUACUACUCCAGAGUUAAUUGCAAGAUCUAAUAUCGAAAGCCAAUCAUCAAUUUCUGUUGCAUUGAAUCCAAUCAUUUCUAUCACAUCAACACAAGUUCCAACAAUUGUACAAAGUGUACAAGAAACAUCUAAGGUUGGAGCUGUUUCUGCUUUGUCUGUUCCUAUCCAACAACAACCGAAGUUAGUUGAGUCAAACAUCGAAUUCAUGAUGGCACAAAGACUCGAAGGAAUCAGACAGAAGCAGUUGAACGAAUUCCCUGAUGUCGUGAAGAUGUUGUCCAAACCAAUCGACGUCAAACUCAGUGAAGACACAAUCACAAAUGCAAUGAUGUCGAUCCAGCAGCAAACACAGUUAUUUGCAAACGAAGAAGAACUCAGAAAAACAAUUUCAAGAUUGACUCCAGAUGACAUCAUUGUACAGCAACAUGCAUUGAAACUUAUGACAGAAAACAUCCAGUUGAAGAAGACUGAUGCAAACAUUGCUGAAGCUGCUCAAUUAGUUCAAUCGAAGAAGGUUGAAUUGUUAGAAGCAGUAGCAAUGAAUGAUGAGAAACCAGAUCUUCAACUUAAAUCUGUGGAAGAUGUCAAUAGAUCUGUACAAAGAGGUUUCUCAACCGUCAAUUUGGUUGAAACGUUACAAGCUUUGCAACAACAAAUCAUUGCAAAGACACCAGAACUUCUUAAAUACGUCAGAUCUCCUGAAGGAAUACAACUUCUUAAGGCACCAAUUCCACCAACAAAGUUAGUUGAUGUACAACAAAGAUUGAUACAAACAAUUAAAGUUGCUGAUUCCCCUGAACAAUUAGAUGUUAUUUUAACUAACUCAACUCCUGAUGAUAUGAUAACAACAAUGAGAAUCAUUGAUUCUUCACUUAAUUUGUUAUCUUCCGAUGAUGUUUAUAAUAUCAUCGCUGAUCCAAAUAUCGAAACAACUCCUAUUGGUGUUCUCAAGGCAACGAAUAAUUUGUUGCAAGAGAAACUCAAAGCUAAUGAGGAUCACGCGAAGAUGAUGACAUUGAUUCAAACAGAAACUGUUGCAAAAUCUCAGGAAUUUGUUAUGGAUGCAUUACAGAGAUUGAACUUGGCUCAAUCAUUAAUGACAAUCCAGCAAUUCCAUACAUCUGUUGUUCCUCAUCUUCAACAGAAAUUGCAGGCAGUUGAUGUUUCUAAACCUGUUAACAAAGAAUUAGUUGACAUGUACAUUCCAAUGAUUUCACAAGAACUUGAAUACGUCAAUCAUCCACAGCAGUUUGCAAUGGCAAUUCCACAGUUGAAUCCAGAAGAUGUUGAACAACAACAAGAAGUUUUGGCUUCAUUGGCAGCAACAUUAGCAACAUCUAAGAAAUCAGCAAUUAAAUAUGAUUUAUCUAACAUGAAGAACACAACAGUUUCAUUGUUAGAUAAAGUCCAAAACGAUGUUUCAGACAACUUAGCUGAUAAACCAGAACAAUUGCAUCUAGUUAAAGUUAAGAAUGAUCAAUCAUAUGACUUCUUUGCACAGCACCAACAACUUCUAAAUGCUUGCCAACAAACAUUAGAAAUGGGAUCUGUUUUGCAAGUUAUUCGACAAAAAGUUCCAAAUAUCGAUCAAUUAUUAACAAAUGGCCAAGCAGAAAAUCUUUGCAGCGCUAAGUUAAAUGAUAGUUCUCUUCAUGAUACUAGAGAUAAGAUGCUUGUUUUGCAACAAUCAACACGAGAAAGCUUCAAAUCUCUUAACGAAGCAAUUCAAAAUGUCAAGAUGGAAGAUUUAGUAGUUAUCUUCAGUUUGAUGUCAACACAGAUGAUGCGAAUGAAAGAUUUAGAUGCAGUUGUCACAGUUGUUAAAUCUAAAUCAAUGCAAUCAAGAAUCUUCGACAAAUCAUUGUUGAUUCAACAAACACCAAGAAAAGUUGAAACGAAGAAAUUAGUUACAGACACACAAAACGUCAACAAUGACUUAUCAGAAUCAAUGAAAGAUUUGUCACAAGCACAAUUGUGUUCAAGCAUUGCAAAUCUCAUGAAGAUCAGACAAGAUGCAAUACAAGUUGAUCCUAAAGAGAAAGUUGAAAUUGUUAAAUCACUUCAACAAAAUCCAGAAAAACUUGCUCAGUUGCAACAACAAACAUAUCAACAAUUAUACCAAGUUGCAGUUGAUCCAGAACAAGUUAAACAAUCAGUCAGUAAAGAAGACAAAGAAGCACAAGUUGCACAAGCAAUGCUUCUUCAACAUCUUUCAAUGGCUGCAGCAGCUCCUCAAUACAUCGCCGCUGCUUGCAAAGACAUUGAUUACACUAAAAUCCCAUCAAUUGAACAAUCAGGUGCUUUGUCACAAGUUGCAAUUACAAACGCAACACAGAUCUCAGGCAAAUUGAUUGGAUUCCAGAGAGCUUUGUUGACACAAGAUCCAUCACAAUUACUCAAGAUGGCAUCACCAGAUAUUGCAACAAUUGAUGCAAUCAAUGUUGCAACUAAAGAAAACUUGGAGAGAUCACAACUCAGAACAAAGAUGUCUGCAAUCCAAAGAGACAUUGUUUCAAAGAAUCCACAGAUUGUUCAAGCAAUACAUCAGUCAACAAUCUCUAAUCCAAAUGUCAGCCAAAUCAAUUUGAAUACAGAUGAAGUCAAGCUCUACCAGGGCGAAAUCAAGACAUUGGUUGGAACAAAUGCAUCUCCAAUUGUCAUUAACAACAUGAUGGCAACAGCAAACCAAGAUCAAAUGGUCAAGAAGAUGGCUGUUUUGAACGAUUUAAUUCAAAUCACGAAACCAGCAAAUCCAGUUGUUACAACAUUCUCAAACAUUGCUGGAUUGGAUUCUAUCUUGAACACACAGAUCAAUGCAGAUAUCGCUGUUGUUUCAGCUGCUCCUUUAGUUACGAAGAACUACAGAUCAGAACAAAACAUUGUUGCAAAUGCAGCACAAAGAGCGAGUGAAGUUGUUCCAAUCAUGGCACAAUUCUCUGCAUUGCCAAUCUCAGAAUGCAAGAAUAUUUUCGCUACAACUAAUACGAGAGCGAUUGAAAUUGUUUCUAAACUUAUGACUACAAAGAGUAAUUCUGAACGAGAAGAAUUAGUUGAUGAGCUUUCAAAGCAAUGUCCUAAACUCGUUGCAUCAUUGACAAGACACUUAGCAAUGAUCAGUGAUUCUAAACUUCGAUCACAACUCAUUGCAGAUCCAGCACAAAUUCUCCAGAUUGUCAAUGAAAUCUCCUCUUCUUCAUCAGAUUUAUCAAAUCCACAGAACCAGCAGAGAUUCAGACAAAUGUGCACAGCUUUGUUACAGAACUUGAAGAACUUAUAUGCAUCAUUAGUCCAUGUCAAUGUUGCCAAAACAACAGUUACAGCAGAACCAGAAACAACAACAAGUAAUGUGUUGGAGAGCUUCGAGAAACUUGUUGCUGCCAUUGAUACAAAUGAUAUCGAGAAGAUUUCACAAGAACUCAUUGAUUUCACAGCAAUGAAAGUCAAGAGAACAGCUCUCAACGAAACUAGUGCAAACAUUGAUCCAAUCAUCGAUCAAAUUUCUCAAAUCGACAAAGCCGUUCAGAGAUAUUACAUCACGAACUCAGCAGCUGAUGGUCAGUUAACAACAGUCCUUAACCAAGUUAAGAGCAACUCAAUCCAAAUCCUCAAACGUGAAACAGUUAAUGUUUUCAAACAAGUUGCUGAUUUAGGCUCUAUUGCACAAAUCGAUGGCUAUUUCACACAGGCUAAAUCAGAUAUCAAUGAUGCUACAAACAAACUUAUUCUGUCUGUCCAAGCAAGAAAUCCAGAGAUGCAAAAAGACGCCAUUAAUUUGAUCAUCAAGAGCUUCGCUUCCUGCGAAUCAGCCAUGUACAGAGGUUUUGAAUUAUCAAACAACAUCAACUCUGUCAUUGCCACUGAUUACUUGUCCAUGGUCUGCAGCGGAUCAACAGCAACAAGGAACAUCAUUGAAGUUGCUAAAUCACGUGCAGUAUCAUCAACAGUAAUCAGAAGAGCGACAAGAUCAUACAACAGAAUCAUCGAAUCAAUGUCAUCAAUGUUGCAAGAUACAUCUAAGACAGAGAACGAGAGCAAGUCUCAAUUAGAUCUGGCUAAAGUUGGCUUCGUCAAUGCUUUAGCUGGAUCCGUUAAGACUAUGUCUUCUGCAUUGGCAACAUGCGCGAACUGCAAAGUUCCAGAAGUAUAUUUGUCAUUCCUUGCAACAGAGAAACCAGUUUUCGACCAAAUUGUUCCAACAAUUGUUAAAAUUGCUUCUCAAGUUACAUCAUGCAACACUAACAAACAAGCAGGUGCUGAUUUCAGCUCAUUGAUUGAUUCUCUUGCAGAAUCAAUCAAUGAUUUCCAGAAGUGCUCAUUCAACCCGAAGACAGAGACAGAACAAAGUGCUCACGCUUUCUUGAAAGUUGCAGCGAAAACACAGAAGAUCUUGGUUGCAAUGAAUUCAUUGACCGAUGUUAUUCCAAAGACUCCAGAUAUGGAAAGUGCAGAAUUACUUCCUAAAGAAUUCAAGCUUCCUCAUGUUCCUAACACAGAAAACAUUGAUAUCCAUCAUUGUUUGGAUGUUUUGAUCCAAUCGAUCAAAGAUUUCAACGAAAAGAAGACAGUUUUCUUCCAAAUUGUCAAUCAUCCACAGGCAACAAAUCAAUACAUUGUUCAGUCAUUCCAGCCAUUUAUGCAACAGAUGUCUCAAACAAUCACACAAGUUUUGGCUUGUUCUGCUACUGCUUAUUCAUUAGAUCACCAGAGUUCUUUGGCUUCAGCUGCUGGUUUGAUCACAACAGACUUCAGUUCUUUCUUGUCUGCAUUGAGAAACAGAUUCCUUUUGAUUGGCGAUUUCGAUGCAAACUCUUCACAAAUCAUGGAAUCCAUUUCUAAUGUUUUAGAUCAGACAAUCAAGACAGCUACAGAAGCUUCAGAAUUAGCUAAGAACUCAGAAGGCGAGUUCAAAGCUAUCAUUGAUAAGUUGCAUCCAGCAAUUGUUGCAAUCAACGCCAGUAAGACAGAAUAUGAGAAAUACAAGGAACAAAUCGAAAACAACGAACAGAACAGAUUCACAGAACUUGCAAAGACAACAAUCAUCGAACCAUGCUUAGGUAUGUCAACAGCUGCUCACAAGUUGUUGCUCUUCUCAUGUGGAAAGUUGGAUGCUGUUGAUAAUUUCGAUAAUUUGGCAGAGUUCGCAAUGAAAUUAAUUGCAACUCUCAAUGAAGCUAUGGAGACCGCGAAUACUGUCAUCAAGAACAGACCUCCUGUUGCAGAAGCAUUCAUCUCUCCAUGUUUGAGCUCUGUUGGAGAAUGCGGAAAGACACUUGCACAGACAGCAACAAAGAAUGCAGAAGCGCAGAAGCUUCUCGAUGCUGUUUUAACACUCGCAAACGCUAUUCUCAACCUUGCAUCAACAACUGCAGCAACAGCAGCAAGAAAGUCUCAACCAAAGGCUCAGGCAAAAUCAGGUUCAGGAUCUGGACCUUCAAUCGCAGUUAAAUCUAAUCUACUCAAGCGUUUGGACCUCGAAGCUAGAGUUAUCAAAGCAAGAACACUGCUUGAGAAAUACGAGAAAGAUUUUGCUAAAUUAAAUUAA